AAGGAGAAGAGAAGAGAAGUGGGCUGUUGUGGUUUGGGGAAUUUGUAGGGCUUAUUCCUCUCUCUAUCUCUCUCUCUCUCUCUCUCUCUCUCUUCUUUGGGAGAGAGAAAUAGGGGCAAAGGGAGGAGGGUUUGCAAGGAUCUUCCUGCAGUAAAAUUUAAUAAUAUCCUGGAGAUGGUUUUGGAAAGAGAAGGAAGUUGGGUUCUUGCAAGGCCUUGUUUUGGAUCAAAUCAAGGAGUUGGAAUCAAGUAAAGUCACUCAAAUAUAACGACGGUUUAUGCCACAGGUGGUGAAAGUUAAAUUGAUGUCUCCAAGAAGUGAUAGAUGUUCCCAGGUUGGUCAUAGAAGACCUGUUACCAGAUUUUCAGUUUCGCCGUCAAGCUUCUCUGAUUUGCCAAAUACUAAAAGCAUGUGCCAUAUCUAUGCAUCUAGAAGGAAUGGCUCUAUGUACAAAAGGAAGAACUUGGGUAAGAACACAAUCACUCUCUUGCUCGAAGAAAGUACAAGCAGAGGUGCUAGCUGUGAUAUCGAGAGAGCGUCUGUUGUCUCCUCAAGUGCUCCUAUGAAAGAGUUUCACGGAUCUCAAACCUUGGUAGAUAGUGGAAAAAGUCAUCAGGAAGUGCCGUUCAUGGCUGCAAACUCGCAGAUUGAACAGAUUGCAAACAACGGGGAAAACAAUGUCAGUAAUGAUAGGCGGUCAUCGCCGAAAGCUAAUGCGGAACUUCGAUCAUCUGUGGUUGAGAAAGUAGAUAGUAAGACGAAAGAACCAUUUGAAGGAUUCGCAUCAACAAGGGAACUCUGCAUUCAUGUCCUCAAAAGUAGUGGACUCCUCCCGGAAGAACGGGCUCGAGAAAAUUGUGAUUCUAUAGAUGACCAAUGUGAAAUUGACUAUGAGAAAUCGUUAAAAUGCAUAAAAUGUGGGGUUUCGGAAUGCUCGUCAAAGAUGCUGAUCUGCGAUCUUUGCGAGGAGGCAUUUCAUUUAUCUUGCUGCAAUCGUAGAGGAAAGAAAUUGCCAGUCGAUGAGUGGUACUGCCAAGUUUGUUUUAGAAAAAAACCUAAGCACUUACGCGCGAAACUUUUAAAACCCAAAGACGAACUAGAUGGAAACAGGAAUCAAGUAUCUCGAAGGGGUAUACGUCCUAUUGCUUUAAUGUUGAAAGAUACUCAGCCAUAUACAACUGGGGUUCGAAUUGGGAAAGAUUUCCAAGUAGAAGUUCUGGAAUGGAAUGGUCUAAUCACAGAUACUCAUGAUUGUCUCGGUGAGCCCUCUGAAGUUGAUCCUGCUGAAUUCAGUAACAUUUCCGAUUUGAAGAGUGACAGUAAGGUCAAAUCAGGGAUGAUAAAUAACUGGAUCCAAUGUCGAGAAAAGAUUGUCUCAAGCGAAACUGACAAAGAAAUGGUUUGUGGAAAGUGGCGCAGGGCACCUCUUUUUGCCGUUCAAACUGACGAUUGGGAUUGUUCAUGUGCCAUUCCUUGGGAUCCGACCCAUGCUGAUUGUGUUGUUCCUCAGGAGUUGGAGACAGAUGAGGUUCUUAAGCAGCUGAAAUAUAUAAAAAAGCUCCGGUGUCGUCUUAGCAAUAAAAAGAAGAAAUCAAACCAAAUAUAGACGAUAACCGGGAAUAGGAGUUGUCGCGCUGUGCUACAGGACCGCGAACAGAUAUAAAGGUGGUAAUAAUACAGGAUGGGAUAGGAAUAAUGUGUUCCGGGAUUUAUUUGCGACCCGUCUAGAGCAAUGGGGAGCCGAUUUCAUUCGUGCAACUAUGUUGGAGAAGAAACCAUCCAAAUGAAGCUUUGUUUGAUCAGAUGGAGCUUCUGCAGAAGUGUUGUUUUUAGUAGGGCUUUUUGGUGAAGUUUUUAAAAUACUCAAAACAGCUUCCCACUAUCGGUUAAGUAGAAAUUGAGGAGUCCCAAGAGUAUUGUUAAAAGCAGAUUCAGAUUAAUUUCAGUUGUUCCAGCCAAGAAAGGAAUUACGCGAG